AAGCGUUGUUGCAUGUUGUACAGAAGCCGAUACUGGUGUUCAGUCUAUUUACAUCAUAUCUAUGGAAUAUAAUGGAACUGGCGUUAUUAUUUUAAAAUAAACGCCCCGCGAGAGCAUCAUGAUCACAACGCUUUGUAUACCUGAAUUUUGGUAUUAGUAUUUCACUGAACGAUUUUUUGAUUUCACAUUACACGCUUAAGUAUCUGACCACACAGGAUCUUGGCCAGAUUGACUCUUGCUUUAAAAUUGAGAGCAGGUGCCAUUAAGAAAAGAAUUUUAAAAUAAACUUGGAGAAGUAAAGCGAAGAAAAACCGGAAGAAAUUCCAAGGUGUGAAAUAAUGAACCAUAAACAUCCAAUUAAAACUUAUCUAAGAAAACCUGCAAAGAAACCUGUAAGUUCAUUAGCAUCUGUUGUAUCGAGUAAAUAUAAUUCUGUGAAAAAUAACCUUUUUGACAAAAGUGAUACUUGUAAUGAUUCCUCAAAUGAUCCAUUCGAAACAACAUUCGACAGAAUUGCCAAAGGAGCAGUUGUGCCUCCUAUGCCAUUGGAUAAUCAAAAUGAUUCAUGGAAGAGCAGCAGUGAUAGUGAUAAUGAAGCAAUAAGUGUAAAAUCUGAAUAUAAGCAGGAUUCUAAUCUUUUUGUAUACAAUAAUACAUCUGAUUCUCUCUCCACAAAUGUUAGCCAUAAAGUGGCUCGUAAACGCAGAAAACCAAAAAAAUAUGAGCCAGAAGUUAUAAUUGCUACAGGAAUAUUCUCUAAAAGAACAAGAAUAAUGUCAAUAAAAGAUAAAACAUUGUCAGGAAAAGCACAGCAGGGACAGAAGAGACAAGCAAAUAAGAUAAAAAAAAAGAAAAUGAGAGAAGAUAAAUUAAAGUCUAGUCGUAUGUGCAAUGAACAGAUGAACAGAUCUCAUGUUAUUGAUAAUUUGGAAGGUGUUUCAUAUGAGAAUGGUACUGCAACAUGCAACAGUAAUGAACGUUUGCAUCAAAAUGUUUUAAAGAUUGACAAAACAGUUGUAUCACAGAAUGAAUCAAUUAGAACAAGUGACUUCAUUGCUAAUUUCAAACAGAUAGCAAAUUAUCAACAAAUUAUCAAACCAUGUUUUGUUAAAUUAAAUACUUGCACUGUUCAGAAUUACAUAUUGAAUUGUGAAAAAACUGUAGAAAACAAACAAGAUAUAUUGCAUAAUGCAAAAUUCUUGUAUACAGAUACUUUACAACCUAAUAAAAAUAUUUCUAAAAUACAGAAUACUAUUUCACAAUCAAUUCCAACUGAAUAUAAUGAAUUUGAAGACUUCACACAUUCAUCGGUCAAACAAUGUUCUGUAGUAACAUUAUGCAAUAAUGUUAAAGAUUAUGUUAAAUUAAAAAGUAAAAGAAACACAAUAGAUACUAUCAAAAUAGAAGGUAAAUCAGAUGAAUCACAUUUAGUUUUCCAUGCAGGUCCGUUUGAAAUGACUCCAAAUUGCAAUAAAAGUAUUAAAUUUGCACCAUAUGAUAAGAAAAAAUACAAGGAUCUAAUAAAAGAUAGUUUUGUAAAAGUGGAAAGAUUAAAAAUAAAAGAGUUUGCAAAGGUAAAUAGUAAAGUAUCUAAUGAAAAAAAGCAAAACAUAGUUUGUAGCACUCCUCUUGGCAAACGAGUCAAACCUUCUUCAGUUUUAUUUUCUCCUAUUAAUACGAAUAUUUGUGACAAAUUAUAUUGGAGUCAAGAAUGUUCAUUAGUAACAAGUGCAAAAGAAAAUAUUUCCAACAUUGAUCUGGAAGAUUCUCAUUCUUUGAUUACGAUGCUGGAAUAUCAUAAACUUGAUAAAGAUAUACACGAACAAAAAACACAAUCACUUUUAUUGUCUCAGAAAUCACAAAUGUCUAUACAUUCCGUUGUUAAGGAUGAUGUAACAUCUUGCAAGGAGGUACUUGUUACUCAAAAAUAUGAUACAAAAGUUGACAAUGUUGAAACGAAAAUUCCAUAUUCUUUAAAUAUGUCUAUUGUAAGUAAUGAUCAAUCACGAUCAUUAUUUGAUGAUACAACAUAUAGUAUAAAUCACUCGGCGAAAAGUAUAAAUGGAGAUAAUAUUAAAAAAAAAAAUUCUUCUGAUGUGCUGGCAUGUAAAUUUAUAAAAAUGAAUACAGUAGAGUCAUCCGUUGAUUUAUGUUUAAAACAAAAUCAAUUAUUAAGUGACAAUAAGCAAACUGAUGCUAGUUCGCAAUAUAAAUUGCCUUCCAAAGUAUCUGUAUUCAGAGAUUUAGAUAAUAUGCAUAUGAAACAAAAAUAUGAAUUUCAAGAAAAUUACCAUACAAAUACAAAUAUAAAUACUGUAGAAGCAAAUCGUGAAAAUUUUAAAAAUAAAAAUGUUAAUAUUAGUAAACACAAUUUAUUAAGUGGGAGUCAAGAAAAUAUUAACAUCGAUACUCAUGUGCUUACACGAUUGCAAGAUCCGAUCAGAAUAGGAAGGAGAAUACAAUAUCCUAAGUGGCAUCUAAGUAUGUCAAAUAUUUCCGAUAGCGUAAAUAAUGGAACAACACAAUCGAACAACGAAGUAUUUCGCUAUGUCACAACUGAUAAGAACUUUUCUAAUGUUCAAUCAGUAGGUAAUUCCGAGUAUUCUAAGAAUGUAAUAAAUUUGUCUCAUUCUGAAUCCUUUAAUGGCACGACUCAGCUAUAUAAUACUACAAAUAAACAAAUGGAGAAAUCUGUUUUUUUAAAACCGGGCAAGUAUUGGGCAAGAUCUUUGUCAAUAUUAAACAAUAUAAAUGAUGAAUCUAAUUUAGACAAAUUAAGUAUCGGAAAAGGAAAAAAGUGGAGGCGUAGUGUCAAAGAUAUAUUGGAUAUGCAGAAACAAGGAGUUGUCCAAAGUUGUUUGAAAAAGAGUAAAGAUGAUACGGAUCUAUCUAACGAUGAUAGGCUUACAAUUAGUGCAUCAAAUGCAUCAUCAUUCAACGGGAACAGAUGUAAAGAAUUCAAUUUAACGAAUAAUAUUAGAUUUUCUAAAAGAAUCUCGGUGAGAGUUGUGCUUAAUAAUACAAGCACUAAGUGCGAUAUUAAAGACACUCCAUUUCUUGAGGCAUUUGGAAUAACAGCAGAAAAAUCUCCAAGCUUGAAAUUAUCAUACCGUGAAGAAUCAUUGAUACAUGAUGAUCGAAUUAUCAAUAGUCAUUCCACAACUGCAAGAGAUGUUGUCUUACAGAGAUGUUCACAAAAUUGUUAUAUAUCUUUUGCAGAUCGUUUCCCAGAUUCCUAUUUGGAACAUUGCCACAAAAUAGGCGAAGGUGUUUAUGGAGAAGUUUUUCUUUACGAAUGUGAUGGCAAAAAAUCUGUUAUAAAAAUUAUUCCUAUAGAAAAUGAACAGUUGGUCAAUGGUGAACAACAAAAGAAAUUCAAUGAAAUAUUGUCAGAAAUUGUGAUUGCAAAGGAAUUAGAUAAUUUGAGAUUAAAUGAUACAUACAAAACUAAUGGAUUUGUAGAAGUUAAAAAUAUCAGCUGUAUUAUAGGAAAGUAUCCAGAAAAGCUCAUAGAACUUUGGAAUAUUUAUGAUAAUAACAAAACAUCCGACAAUGAUUGUCCAUCAAUGUUUGGCGAAAAUCAGUUGUAUAUCGCUCUUGAACUCAGUCACGGUGGAGAAGAUCUUGAAGCCUUUGUAUUCCAAACCGCAGAGGAGGCUUAUGCUCUAUUUUUACAGACAGCAUUGGCAUUAGCAAUUGCGGAAAAGGCAUUUGAAUUUGAACACAGAGAUUUGCACUGGGGUAAUGUAUUAAUAUCAAGAACAAAGGAACCAUAUAUAUAUUAUAAUCUCGAAGGAAGAGAGAUCAAGGUUCCUAGUAAAGGUGUAAAGGUGUCUAUAAUAGAUUUUACGCUCUCAAGGAUGUUAUAUCAAGGAUGUUGCAUAUAUAAUGAUCUUGCGUUAGAUCCAGCUUUAUUUACUGCUCAUGGCGAAUAUCAAUUUGAGAUUUAUCGUCUUAUGCGUGACAAAAUUCAGAAUAAUUGGCGAAAAUUUGAACCAUAUACGAAUGUUCUGUGGUUGCAUUACAUUUUGGAUAAAAUGAUUACGGCGGUAAGAUACAAAAAAAAGAACUUGAAGGUGCAUAAACAUGCUGUUAUCAGAUUAAAAGGAUUCAAAGAUAUAAUUUUAAACUACGACAGUGCAUACGACUUUGUAAUCAAUUCUAAUAGCAUUCUGUACCUAUGAUGUACGAGCCCAUAUCUGAAAAAUGUCUAUAAUAAAUCAAAUUUUGUCAAAU